AUGGCUGUCUUCCCGAUCGUCGCAACAGUAUUCCUGCUACUUUCGCCGUCGGUUUUAGGCCGCACUAUUCUGCCGAAGGACUAUACGUCUAAAUGGCAUUCGAAAAUCCAAUCCGAAGUCAAAGACUUCAAGUGGGAGAUUUACACUAACGGCAGAGGCAAGAUGGAGAAGGGCAAGCUUAAAUGCAACGGGAAGUGGAAGGACGCGGUUGCUUACGGGGCUCAGAAGAAGGAGAUCAGAGAGUUAUGUGUACGUUUACAUGAGAAGCACCAAGAUGAUAGAGGCUACGAAGACUCUCCUACGAAAUACAAUUGUAUUCUCGACCCGAACGAUAAGGGAAACGAUCAUGGAAGGAAGAACCGUGAUUGGCUAUGCUAUGAGAAGGCUCCUAAGGCGGUGUUGCUUCCUCCUCAUGGUCCAUCGUUACAAUCUGACUGCCCAGCGGAGAACCCUAUCUAUCACAGAGCUCGAUUGUAUCCCACGGAAAGUCCUCCCGCCUGGUGUACCUACAACUGGUUCGCGGGCUAUCAAACUUGUUGGUGUAUGCCGGGCUUUUAUAGAACGUCUCCGCACGAUACAACUCUGAAGAUGAGGCCAUGUCCUAAUGAGACGAUUAUGAUAACGCCCCAUAACUCAACCACUGGAACUUCCUCGACUAGUACUGGUGCAUUGACCACGAGUAGAUGCAUAUGUCCUUCGUCUACGACUCGGCCCUUCGAGGCGUCUUCUACGUCGACUAUUGCGACGACAACGGAGGCUGUUGCGACACCUGAUGUUGGAAAGGCUAGUAACGGUUCAAUCCCCGGCGAGUACAAAGCGGGGUUCGACGAUCUAAAGGGGAAAGGUCAACCUGAAGAAGAUACACGAUCGGGAGAGACGACUUCGAGUGACAGUGAAUCGGGCGGCAAUGGCGGACUUGUCAUCGCAAUCAUUCUGAUGGUGGCAAUCGUCGUAAUUGGAUGCCUCUUCCUGUGGCGUUUCUAUCGCACCCGAGGCUUGUCUCUCCCCACACUGCGUCUACCGACCUUGAUUAAGAACCACUUGUUGAUAACUCUUAUUGAGUUAUCUAAUCCUGACAAGACCAAGGGAGCCUACCAGGUAACCGUUCAUAAUUAA